AUGUAUAUUACAUAUAAUAUUACAGUAUAGUGGUAUAGUUCAAUAUAGUAAUAUAUAAUGCCAAUAUUGUGCUAUGCUACUAAUAUAAUAUAUUGUAUGUACAUACAGCUGCUCUGAGUCCCCUUUGGGGUGAGAAGGGCGGGAUAUAAAUGUAAUAAAUAAAUGUAGUAAAUGAAUAAAUAAAUAAUUUUAGACUUAGGCUCGCCCAAAGUCUGAAAUGACUUGAAGGCACACAACAACAACAAUCCUAAUUAACUUGACUAUCUCAUUGGCCAGAAGCAGGUCCACACUUCCCAUUGAAAUCCUGAUAGGUUUAUGUUGGUUACAAUUGUUUUCAUUUUUAAAUAUUGUAUUGUUCUUUCAUUGUUGUUGUUGUUUUGCACUACAAAUAAGACAUGUGCAGUGUGCAUAGGAAUUUGUUCGGGUUUUUUUUUCAAAUGAUAAUUCGGCCCCACCACAGUCUGAAGGAUUGUGGACCGGCCCUCUGCUUUAAAAGUUUGGGGACCCGUGGUGUAGAUGAACCCAAAGUCAGUUUUGUGUUGUUGCCUGUCAUUACUCUCUUAGAGGCACAACCUUUGGCCCUCUUACUCAUCCAGCGCUACCUUUCCCGAGGCUGAGCAUGAGCCAAAGAAGGGUUUGAGGAACUGCUGAAGGGAGAGUUGUGUGAUGGAUUACAACAUCAACCGCAGCAUGAUGCGCCUUGUGUGCAUUGGGACUGGUGAGCAUCGGAGAGGUUGUGUCUGCGUCAGGAGUGAGUCAGAGCAUGGGAAAGUUGGACUGCAGUGCCCAGAAUCCCCCCUCAAACCGAUGCUCCUUGGUCCUGCUUCCUUGUCUGGCCUGCAAGUAUUUUGGGAGAGUGAGAAAAGGAAAGAGCGUGGGAGUCUUUCUGGGAGGAAGAAAGGGGGAAAAAAGGGAACAGCAGCAUUGACAUCUGUGAGGCUGGCUCUCGAUGGGUGCAUGUGCCAAGUCCCACCCCUGGCCUGGCCCAUCGUCCUUUGUACCCGCCUCUUGGAGUUGAAAAGGGCUGCCUGGGUGCUCCUGACAGCUCAUACGCUCAGCCUCGCAGAAGGAGAACGAAGCAGCCGGCGGCAGAAGGAAAGACAGGACAAGACAGGUCUCCCUUUGGCUGGAGGUGGUGGCAACGCCUGGAACUCCUGGCCACAAACUGACAGGCGUCCAGGCCAAGUCACUGGCGUUGGGAGAACAAGCCCAGAAGGUCUUUGCAUCUCCAUUAACUGGAUCAACUCCUUGCCAAGUUCCAUUUGUAACUUCUAAGUUGCCAGUCCUCAGUGUUGUUCGUUAGAUCUUCCUGAGCUGCUCCCAGGCCUCUCCAUUGUCCAGCCUUGCUCUCUCUUUUGCUGAACUUGGCAACUUUUGGAAAGUUGGAAAGAGCUGGAAGAAGAAACCCAAAGGCCUUGGCUUCUUUAUCCUAUUAUCCCAGUUGGAGCGCCUCCUUUCCAAGCUGAGAUUUUAAAUUCUGAGUUGCUAGUCCUCAGUGUUGUUGGCACCUGGACACCUUCUUCCUUGGAAGAUACUCAAGGUUAGAAGGACUUGACUUCUUUAUCCUAUUAUCCCAGUUGGAAUGACUCCAUGACUUUUAAUGCUAAGUCGCUAGUCCUCAGUCUUGUUCUUUAGGUGCCUGGACAGUGGACACCUUCUUUCUUGGAAGAAGAAGCCCAAAGGUCUUUGGCUUGCCAUCCUGAUUGUUUUUCUGAUCGGAAACUUUUAAAAUGCUAAGUUGCUAGUCCUCAGUCUUGUUCUUUAGGUGCCUGGACCCUUUCUUCCUUGGUAGAAGUGCAAAAGUGAGAAGCUAUUUGGCUUGCCAUCCUAUCCCAGCUGGAUUGAUUCCUUUCUGAGCUGAAUUUUUUAAAAUUCUAAGUUGCUAGUCCUCAGUGUUGUUCUUAAAAUUCUAAGUUGCUAGUCCUCAGUGUUGUUCUUCCUGAGCUGAAUUUUUUAAAAUUCUAGGUUGCUAGUCCUCAGUGUUGUUCUUCCUGAGCUGAAUUUUUAAAAAUUCUAAGUUGCUAGUCCUCAGUGUUGUUCUUCCUGAGCUGAAUUUUUUAAAAUUCUAGGUUGCUAGUCCUCAGUGUUGUUCUUCCUGAGCUGAAUUUUUUAAAAUUCUAGGUUGCUAGUCCUCAGUGUUGUUCUUCCUGAGCUGAAUUUUUUAAAAUUCUAGGUUGCUAGUCCUCAGUGUUGUUCUUUCUGAGCUGAAUUUUUUAAAAUUCUAGGUUGCUAGUCCUCAGUGUUGUUCUUUCUGAGCUGAAUUUUUUAAAAUUCUAAGUUGCUAGUCCUCAGUGUUGUUCUUUCUGAGCUGAAUUUUUUAAAAUUCUAAGUUGCUAGUCCUCAGUGUUGUUCUUAAAAUUCUAAGUUGCUAGUCCUCAGUGUUGUUCUUCCUGAGCUGAAUUUUUAAAAAUUCUAGGUUGCUAGUCCUCAGUGUUGUUCUUCCUGAGCUGAAUUUUUUAAAAUUCUAGGUUGCUAGUCCUCAGUGUUGUUCUUCCUGAGCUGAAUUUUUUAAAAUUCUAGGUUGCUAGUCCUCAGUGUUGUUCUUUCUGAGCUGAAUUUUUUUAAAAAAUUCUAAGUUGCUAGUCCUCAGUGUUGUUCUUUCUGAGCUGAAUUUUUUAAAAUUCUAAGUUGCUAGUCCUCAGUGUUGUUCUUUCUGAGCUGAAUUUUUUAAAAUUCUAAGUUGCUAGUCCUCAGUGUUGUUCUUUCUGAGCUGAAUUUUUUAAAAUUCUAAGUUGCUAGUCCUCAGUGUUGCUCUUUUGUGGCCCGGACCCCUCCUUCUUUGGAAGAAGAAGCACAAAGGUCAGCACAAAGGACUGGCAACUUCGCAUCACAAAUGUAAUUUGGCCAGGAGUUGCCACCCUAUCCCAGCUGGAUUGAUUUCUUUCCAUGUUGAGAUUUUUGGUUCUAAGUCUCUAGUCCUCAGUGACCUUCCUGAGCUGCUUCCAGGCCUCUCUGUUGUGCCAUCAAGAAGCAGAGGAGAACCUGACUCCCAGCCCUUCUUUCUUGCCACCUCUUUGCUAUCAGCUGUCCGAGGACCGAAGCUUCAACCCCGUGACCCUCCUCGGGUGCCCCCCUUUGUGCCAAUGCACCCCUUGGGCCCCGGUGCGGCCCUCAUGGCAUUGCCUGCCUUGUCCUCUCUGCCCAAGGACUGCAGCAACAUGACCCAGCUGCACAAGGACGGCAACCCCGCGCUGAGCGCGUUUAUGUUUGCGGCCGGCGUGGUGGGCAACGUGGCCGCCUUGGCCAUCCUGGGCAUCCACCGCAAGGAGCUGCGCACCAAGACCUCCUCCUUCUGCAUCCUGGUGACCGGCUUGGCCGUCACCGACCUGCUGGGCACGUGCAUCGUCAGCCCCAUCGUCUUUGUCGCCUACUCCCGCAACGCCACCUUGGUGGGCAUGGAGGGCCACGGCUGGCUGUGCAACCUCUUUGCCUUCUCCAUGAUGUACUUCAGCCAGGCGGCCAUGCUCAUCCUAUGCGCCAUGGCCGUGGAGCGCUGCCUGGCCCUCAGCUACCCCUACUUCUACUCCCAGCACAACAUCCGGCGCUGGAUGAAGCUCUCGCUGCCGGCCAUCUACGCCUUCAGCGCCUUCUUCUGCAGCCUGCCUUUCCUAGGAGUCGGGAAGUACAAGCAGUAUUGCCCGGGGACGUGGUGCUUCGUCCAAAUGGAUGCGGACAAGGCCACGGGUCAGGAUGCCGCCUUCUCGCUCUCCUAUGCCACGCUGAUGGCCAUCCUCAUCUUGGCCAUUUUCCUCUGCAACGCCUUGGUCAUCACCAGCCUCUGCCAGAUGUACCGCAAGCAGAAGGCCCGCCGGCGUGGCUCUGUCAACGUGGCCCAACGCCGGCGCAAGAGCUGGUUCAGCCGCGGGGAGGAGGAGGUGGACCACCUCAUCUUGCUGGCGCUCAUGACCAUCAUCUUCGUCAUCUGCUCCUUGCCGCUCACGAUCCGGGCCUACAUCGGGGGUCUCAACCCGGACCACAACGAAGCCGAGGACAUGCUGGCCUUCCGCCUGAGCGCCCUCAACCCCAUCGUCGACCCCUGGCUCUUCAUCAUCUUCCGCAACGCCGUCUUCCGCAGCCUCAGGAACUUCUUCUGCCACCGCCCGUGGUGGCCGCAUUGGCCCCGGGCGCAGAAGGUGUCGGCCACGUUGGGCACGCAGGACGGCAUCGCUUUCCAAGACUAUUCCGUCUGCUGAAAGCAAGCCGUGGCAACCCGAUAUGGGCAGGCGCAUUGGUGGGGCAUCCUUCUACGGAAAGAGGUUUGCAUGCAGAUAAAGAGUCCAAGGAUGGAGACUCCAGCCGUUUCCAAAAGGAUUCCAAGCCUGGUUGAAAAAUCCUUGGCACCACAAAUGGGAAGUCAACGCAUGCCCAAUAUUGGCACCUCCUUUCUGGUAGAAAUGCGCUGCAUCCUCAAUGGCAAAGAGUCAGACUGGAUGUUUUAGAAACAUCCAGAGUGGAUGCAGAUGAUUGGUCAGAACAGGGGUCAUUGCGUGACAAACGUUGUUAACUGUUUAUUUUUCUUCACUUUGAGUUCGAAAAAAAAAGAAAGUGGGGAGUGAAGGGACCAUGAGCCAGAAAGUAGUAAACUAUUGCCUAUGUAGUUUUGCCUCUACCUAUGUCCCUGUGAGCUGGUGCCUUUCUCCAGAAAGUUCCAAGGAGAGAAGAAAGCUCAGAGUAAACGAGUUAGGUCAUUGGUAUCACUUAUGCCAAGUAGGUGUGGAAGGUGAGGAAGAUCCUCAGCCAUUGGUCAAUUUAGAUAAGCCGAGAUAUAAAAUCACAUGUUGCGACGGCCAUUUUCAUGAUACAGCCCUCUGGAGUAUCUACUCCAGAGCUAUUUGAAAAUAAACUUUGCUUUUUGCAUCUCUCCCGAGAUUGAGUUUUUCUGCCCGAUUUCCCUCCUGAGCCAGGACCCUUUGAAGGUGGAAGGAGACCAAGGACCCAUUGAAUUCAGCUAAAAGAGGACAGAGAAAGAGACAGAGCAACAGACGAUGGGCAUGAAUACGAUGCCAACCUGCAUGUUGGGCAUCCCACAAUCCCUGCAUCAUUGUAGUGGUGCAUGUGUGGUGCUUGUUAGCAUUAAAUGCAUGGGAUUUUGACCGAUUGCAAGGUGAUACUGUGAAUCUUUGAAGCUGUAGAAAUAAAGGAUGGGUUUAUA